AGAUGACCAUCUCCAUCUGCAACUCCCCAUCAUCUUCCAGUCCCAUCUCUCUCUCUCUCUCUCUCUCUCUCUCAGACAUGGCUUCUUUGCUUUCUCUCUCUAACUUCAUCACUGCAGCCGCCGUUCUUCUCCCCCCUAUCCUCGCUUUUCUGACCUACCAGAUCAUCGCCGCCAAGCUGCAGGGCAAGAAGAGCAAGAAGAAGUACCCUCCGGUGGCCGGCACCGUAUUCAACCAGCUCCUCAAUUUCCCCCGGCUCCACCACUACAUGACUGAUCUCGCCGCCAAGUACCGAACUUACAGGUUGCUCGGCCCUUUCAGGAACGAGGUUUACACUUCUGAUCCUGCCAAUGUUGAGUAUAUUCUCAAAACCAACUUCGAGAACUUCGGCAAGGGGGAUUAUAAUUAUAGCAUCUUAAGCGACCUAUUGGGUGAUGGAAUCUUCACAGUUGAUGGAGACACCUGGAAGCAACAGAGAAAAGUAUCGAGCUAUGAAUUCUCCACCAAGGUAUUAAGGGACUUCAGCAGCGUCAUCUUCAAGAAAAAUGCAGCAAAACUGGCUAAUAUCAUCUCCGAGGCUGCCACUUCUGGCCAAACAAUGGAUAUGCAAGAUCUGUUUAUGAAAUCAACCUUAGAUUCGAUAUUCAAGGUUGGCUUUGGAGCUGAACUUGACAGCGUGUGUGGGUCAAGUGAAGGCGCCAAAUUUAGCAGGGCUUUUGAUGAUUCAAGUGCAAUGACUCUUUGGCGAUACGUUGAUAUCUUUUGGAAGAUAAAGAAAGCUCUCAACAUAGGUUCAGAAGCGGAGAUAAAGAAAAAUGUCAAAAUCAUUGAUGAUUUUGUAUACAAGCUGAUCCAUAGCAGGGCUGAGCAAAUGAACAUGUCAGGAAAUGAUUCCUCGCCAACGAAAGAGGACAUUUUGUCAAGGUUUCUGCACGUGAAUGAAAUGAAUCCAAAGUACCUGAGGGACAUUAUUCUUAAUUUUAUCAUUGCUGGCAAAGACACUACGGCGACAACUCUUUCCUGGUUCAUUUAUCUUCUGUGCAAGCAUCCAGACGUACAGGAAAAGGUUGCACAAGAAAUAAAAGAAGCAACCAACAGCAAAGAGGUUAGAGACUUUGCUCAGUUUGCGACUAGUAUAAGCGAAGAAGCUCUUGAAAAGAUGCAGUAUCUUCAUGCAGCUUUGUCUGAGACUCUCAGGCUCUACCCUGCAGUCCCAGCGGACGCAAAGUUAUGCUUCUCAGACGAUACACUGCCAGAUGGGAACAGUGUGAGGAAAGGGGAUAUGGUGGUUUAUCAACCAUAUGCAAUGGGGAGGAUGAAAUUUUUAUGGGGCGAUGAUGCAGAAGAGUUCAGACCAGAGCGAUGGCUCGAUGAGAAUGGGACAUUUCGACCAGAAAGCCCUUUCAAAUUUACAGCCUUCCAGGCUGGACCGCGGAUUUGUCUGGGAAAGGAUUUCGCCUAUAGGCAGAUGAAGAUCUAUUCAGCAGUACUGUUGACCUUUUUCGCUUUCAAAUUGAGCGAUGACACGAAAGCUGUCAAAUACAGAACGAUGAUUAACCUUCACGUUGAUGAGGGGCUCCACGUUCGUGCAUUCCACAGACUGCCUCAGCUGUAAUGCAACUACCUUGCUGAGCUUUCAGUGUGGGCCGUGACUAGUGUGAAAGUGGCCAACAAAGGCCAAGCCUCUCUGUGAGCUGUGUACUACUGCCUGUAAUGAGACCCUGAAUCUGCUCUUGGGAUGAUGAUGUAUGUAUCUAAAUGGUUGCAUGGCUGGUUUAAAGAUAA